AUGAGGCGGACUCUUAAAAGAUUAAUAACAUCAGAGAGUAGCGUCAACGUCAAAACAGCCACAGCCGUAGCCUCAGUGGAGACUGCCGACAGUAACAGAGGACCGCCUCCAAUCGGAUUUGUCGACGCACUCUCUGGUGCAACCAUUCCUGUUGGACUCUCUGAUGAAGGCAAAACCCAAGGACCUGGACUGGAGCUUGCCUCCCUUGUUUUCACUCUGGAUUUAAUUCGAAAUAAGCAAACACCCGACUACAUCUCAUUAUUAUUGAUUGGUCUAUGUUCUCGUGUGACCAAGGAUGAUUUAGACCAUCCUCAGCGGAGUCGCAGCGUUCUGUUUGUCUUCUUACGACAUCUUAUGCCGGUGUAUGCCCGGCUUAGUCAGUUCAUGAGUCGAGAGGAGGUGCCGUAUUAUAGCGAGACAUUACGUGGUUAUGUAGGAUGUCUUUGUCGCGCGAAAGGGGCAUGUGUAUAUCGCAUCCCGUAUAAGGAUGGGUAUAUAUACAAAUCGAUCCUUAAUGAGUCGAGUACUGAAGUGGUGCUACAAAUCGACGGUCGUCCAUGCGCAUUUUCAAACUGUCUCAUAAAGCUUAGAGGGUACCAAAGGUGCAGCAAUGAAUGUGGACAUGAAUGCAAUGAGAAAGAAACCCUUGAUUGGAAGGGGUAUCUUCCAAUGAGCAGACCGUCAAAGUUGUCUUCAGUGAACCAGCGAUUUACGGAAACUAUGUCUAAUGUUUAUCAGCAGACGUUUCCUUGGCUACAAACAGGGAAGCUACCACCCGAGAAUUGGGAUCUUAUUGCUCGCAUGGUUUCAACUAUGCAUGUAGGAGAGCGAGCAGAGUUCGUCUACUGCGCUGUCCAAUACGGAUCGGAAACUACCGGUGUAGAAAACUGUAGAGUUAUUGAGUCAGCGAAUCCUUAUAACGACGGGAUCAAACUUAUUUACGUCGGAAUUGGCGCUGAAUCGGUUUUAUGA